AUGGAGAAGAGCUCGUCGUCGCCUGUGGCCGCCACCCCGGCCAGCUUGCACGCCACGCCCGACAAGCCGCGCACCGCCUCGGACCACCGCAAGUCGUCCAAGCCCAUCAUGGAGAAGCGGCGGCGGGCGCGCAUCAACGAGAGCCUGGGCCAGCUCAAGACCCUCAUUCUGGACGCCCUCAAGAAGGAUAGCUCGCGGCACUCGAAGCUGGAGAAGGCGGACAUUCUGGAGAUGACGGUCAAGCACUUGCGGAACUUGCAGCGCGCCCAGAUGACGGCUGCUCUGAAUACGGACCCUUCCGUGCUGGGCAAGUACCGGGGCGGCUUCAACGAGUGCAUGGCGGAGGUGACCCGCUUCCUGUCCACCUGCGAGGGGGUGAACACCGACGUGCGCACCCGCCUCCUGGGCCACCUGGCCACCUGCAUGGGCCAGAUCAACGCCACGUAACUACGCCGCCCCCCCGGCCGCGGGGCUCUCCUUCGGGCCGCCCUUGGGGCAGGAUCCUCUGCUGCAGCGGCGCCCCCUGCCGGCAACGUGGUGCCCUGCAAGCUGGGCGGCUCUGUCGGGGAAGGAGCCAAGGUCUACGGAGGCUUCCAGCUGGUGCCGGCUGCCGACGGGCAGUUUGCUUUCCUCAUCCCGAACGCCUCGUUUGCGCCCCACGGUGGGGCAGUCGUCCCGCUCUACGCCAGUGGGAGCCUGGCCUCGGGUGUGCCUGCAGCCGGCGCCCCCUCCCUCCCGGCAGACUCGGUGUGGAGGCCCUGGUGAGAGACGCCUGCCCCGGUGUGGACUGGCCCUCCCAGUGGCUCCCCCCAAGGCGGGGAGGGGAGGGAGGGAGCGGGGGUCUCUUUGCUCCUGAGCUGUACAUAUUUCCUGUUUGGACUGGAUUGUGCCUUCUCUUGUUCCUUUGCAAGAAUCCCCCCCCCACUUUGAUGCCCUCUCUCCCCAGACUGUGUGUGGGGGGGGGGUGAGAUAGUGGGAUGUCUCCAGGUCCUUUCCCCUUGUCUGGUGUGACUGCCCCCCCCUUUUUUAAGUGAUGCCAAAGAUCGGUUUAUAAAAAAAAAAAAGGAAAAUCCCUUCCGUUUUUGGAAGCUGUUUGACAAAAAUAAAAGACAUUUCACAUCA